AUGGGACACCGAGAUGGAGUGCGAUACUAUUCGGCAAUGGACGCAUCUGCUGGACGUCUUACAAAUGCAGCACUAACGCCAGUCGACGAGCGUUUGAAAGAUAGUGGAAGCGAACAACGUGACGAAAAUGACAGCGAUCAAUCUGGAAGCGAAAAAAUGGAAACCAGCUGCCACGAACUUUCGGAGUUGACGCCGGAUGGAACAUCAGAAGUAUUUGGUAAUUCAACUAAUCGGGCAAACGGAUCUGGUCAAGUAAAUGGAAAUGCUUUAACUAAACAUAACGAUCAACUGAAUCAUACACAAGAAAACGGUAUUGGUAAGGAGCAGGUUCUGAAGGAUACGGAUUCCAGAUGUGAUACAAUAUUUCAACAGACCGGUAACUCAGAUAGUUCAUCAUGUAGACCAAUUAAAAAACGUUAUGCGCAUGAAGAAACUGGGUUUUCAAGUCCAGCAGCAAUAGUCCAGACACCAAUAUCCGAUCCAUUAUCAUUUCCAUCGAUUCGCCAUUAUCAGCACGCAAUGAAUCAGUGGGAUUGGGCGACUGUUGACAGCACUAAAGUCCCAGUAAUAUUACGUGGAAAUGAAAAAUUUGCUGCUGUUCAUAUGGUGCAGCUAAAACUACUAUCAAAAUUUCCCCCAAUAUACCCUCCUGAAUCACAAAACCCACCACUUCUUUCUCAUAAAAUGUCUGUCGUAGAAUCCUGGAUACUGAAUUCAAUUAAUGCUGUUAUUUGUAAAUUUGAAUAUGGCUAUCAGCUGUUCACUGCAGAUGACGAACUUGUUCGACUGGUUGAUGUUGAACGGUUUUACUGGUCUGUUAAGGUGUUCAACUUAAAUCGGAUGAUUGAACAGUACAAUCGACAUGUGAAAACCAUCCCAAAGUCGUUGUAUUUGAAUGCUACCAUAUCGCGUGUAAAAGAUUACGUUGGAGCAGAUUUACAGGUAACUUCUUCUUGUUAUUCUUAUAAUCUGAUUUAA